AACAAAAUGAGAAAGGAAAAGAAAAAAGAUUAACUCAAACAAUGAAUACAUAUUCUCCCCACAAAACAGUCAAAAGCUGGGGGUGAUGAGCAAUCCAAUCCUUUUUUGAUUCACCUCAUUUUCACCUCAAUAAUGAGUGCUGAUGGCAAAAGCAAAAGAAAACAACUUUGAGUGGGGGAAGCUGCCCAUAUGAAAACAUAAUUGCACUUGCCUUCUAUAUCCUGCCAUCCAUCCAUCUUUUCGCAACCUAAAAAUUCCACCACAUCUUAUUCCUAUUCUUCUAUGUAAAUCAAAGUUGUCCUCAUAAAUCGUACAUAUUUACAUAUACAUGAAGCUGUUUCUUCACCAUUUUUAUUUGGUUGAUCAAAUAGAUAUAAUAAUCAAAGCAGGGUUCAUGGUUAUGGUAUGAUGAAAUAAGACAUACAUAUAAGCUUGUUUUGGGUGGGGCUGUACUCCUGGCGGCGUCGGCACAGAACAGGUGCACUGCUCUAGUCUGCUCUUGCUAUGUACCAUCAGGGAAUCUGGAUAGCAAAGGUGAAGAAAUAAACAACAGAAGCAAUAGCAGUAGCAGCGGCAGCAACAUCAAGAGGAGGUCUGGUGUGGGAAAGAAUAUUAAAGAUGGGGUCAUGGAAGAAGUUGGUAAUAAUGAGGAAUUACAAUUAGGCCAAGACAGGAUCAGAAAUGGUGGCAGCAGCAACAGUAGAUGCAGUAAUAGUCGGACUAAUGGACCUCACAACAUUGAACUAAUUCCAACUCGCAAGAGUAAUCUCAAGAAAACAACUAGUACAAUAGUAGAUCUGGGGAAUCUCUUAACGACAGAAAGGAGAAAAGUAAGUUGGCCAGAUGCUCAUGGAAAAGACAUUGCUCAUGUCCAGGAGUUUGAGCCAAGUGUGUCAGAUGAUGGAGAGCUCGAGGGAGUUAGGAACUCUUGCGUUUGUGCUAUUCAAUGAAGCAACAUUCCUUGAUACUGAUAGGUAAACCCCUUCUAGACGAUGACCUUAGAGACUAAUUUUAUGAUGAUCGUGGAUGAGAAUUGUAUAGAUGAUUUACAUGAAUAUUCUACUGCUUAAUGUAAAAAAUGUUGCUUAUUCAUUAUUAGCUAAAUUCGCAAGGUUCAUAAAUGAGAAAAGA